AUGGUAGAACCGAAAAAGGCUUCUAGUGAAACGUUCCUUCAAGUGGUCCGCAACUGGUUCCGAGCAAGGACACGGCGUGAGCUGAUAGCCAUGGGAUUUGGUGCCGUUCUGGCUACUUUUACCACUGUUGUUAUUGUUCGGCGAUACCGAGAGAUAUUGCGUCAGUAUUUGUUUGUUGUGGACAGACUCGGUAAAGUUAGUUUCAUUUUCAUUAUGGCAGAACCGAAAAAGGCUUCUAGUGAAACGUUCCUCCAAGUGGUCCGCAACUGGUUCCGAGCAAGGACAAGGCGUGAGCUGAUAGCCAUGGGAAUUGGUGCCGUUCUGGCUACUUUUACCACUGCUGUUAUUGUUCGUCGAUACCGCGAGUCUGAACCGAAGGCUCCGGCGGACCUAAUGAAGCCACCUCCUCCAGCAGCC